AUGCGGCAACAUGUUGAGCAUGCUCUCAGGUACGGGCCUGAGCCUACGCAGGAGGCGAACUACGUGAUGCUCGCCUCCGUCUACGCGAAGCUGUCGGAUUGGGAGAAGAAAACCAGAGUGAGGGAGGCGAUGAGGGAGAAAGGGAUCAAGAAAAUCCCGGGAAGCACCAUGAUCGAGCUCGGUGAUGGGAUUUACGAGUUCGUUGCAGGCGAUAAAUCGCAUAAAGAGAAGGCGAAGAUUUACGAGAUGGUGGAGGAGAUGGAGAGGAAGAUGAGAGCGUUAGGAUAUGUGUCGACGACGAAUGAUGUGUUGCUUGACAUUGAAGAAGAGGAUAAAGAGGGGGCUUUGAAUAGGCAUAGUGAGAAGCUGGCUAUUGCGUUUGCGCUGCUUAAAACUAGGCCAAGAUCGAUGAUUAGGAUGGUGAAGAAUCUGAGGGUUUGUGGGGAUUGUCACUCUGCUACGAAACUCAUAUCUUUGAUAUAUGAGAGAGAGAUAGUAGUGAGAGAUAGGAACAGGUUUCAUCACUUUAAAGAUGGGGUAUGCUCCUGCAAAGAUUUCUGGUAAUGCGUAGUGCUAGUUUUGUGUUAACGUUUUAAUUAGGGUGUGUUCAAUUUAAUGGUAAAUUUAUGAUC